AUGUGCCGCUUCCUCGUUUACAAAGGCAACGAGCCGAUCCAGCUCGCACAUCUCGUCACCCGCCCCAAACACAGCAUCACCAACCAAGCUUUCGAGUCCAAGCUCCGUUUCCCCUCUUCCCGACCCAUGAACGCAGAUGGCUUUGGUAUAGGAUGGUACGACCCCCAACCACCCAUGUACAAUGCCGACGCCCCCCAACAGCCGCAUGUCUCCUCCUCGCCCGCUCCGACUAAGCACGAUCUCCCAGAGGGGGACGAUGUACCCCACAAAGACAGCCCGAUGAACGAUGAUCAACCUAUCGAGGCGCUGGACAAGCAAGCGGACGAAGACUUGAAGGAGCAAGAGGAGCUGAUGCGGAAGACAGCGAAGAAGCAGGCGUUGGAGAAUGAGCGGCCUUGUCUUUUCAAGUCGCUUUCACCGGCUUGGAGCAAUGCGAAUCUCACUCGGUUGGCGGAGAAGAUCAGGAGCCCGCUGGUCUUUGCACAUGUCAGAGCUUCGACUAUGGCUGGAGCACCAAGCGAGGACAAUGCCCAUCCUUGGAUCUUCGACAAGCUGAUGUGGAUGCACAAUGGUGAAAUCAGCCAAUUCCCCAAGAUCAAGCGGGCACUUCAGCAAUCUCUUCCUGAAGAGCUCUUCCUCUAUCCUUCCGGCUACACUGACUCCGAAUGGGCAUUCAUGGUCUUUCUCUCAAAGCUCAAAAACCCCCACGCCCGCUCCUUCACCCACAUCGAGCUCCGCAGCGCCAUGCGCGAGACCAUCGCACACAUCAACAAGCUCUCCAAAGCCGCUGGUAUCACCACUCCCCAUCUCCUCAACUACGUCGUCACCGACGGCAAGACCAUUGUUGCCACCCGAUACAUCUCCUCGCGAACAUCCGAAGCCUCUUCCCUCUUCUUUUCAUCCGGAACCGAGUUUAAAGAGUACAAGGAAGGCGGGGUGUACCGGAUGACCAAGGCCGACAAGCGGGAAAAUGUGAUUAUGAUUGCGAGUGAGCCGUUGACGUUUGAGAGGAGCGAGUGGCUGGAGGUCAAGUCGAAUACCAUGAUUGUGAUCACGCCGAAGAUGAACGUGCUGCAGGUCCCAAUCAUCGAUGAGUUCUGGGUGGCGCCUCAAGACCCGGAAGCGAGUCAUCGGACACAGGACUUUGCGAUCCAAAUGGGAUUUGGACACGGUUUCGCGUCGAGGGAGGCAAGCAAGGAGGUGGCAGCUCACUGA